GAGAGUAUGUUAGCAGCUGUUUACAAGGAUUCAUUUCCUAUUGACAUUCCUGAACUUACAUUAUAUUGUUUUCUGCUGCAGCGACCUGAUCAGCUCCUGAAAAGAACUCACUUACGGAGAUCUUUCAAAGCCUGUAGGGGCAUUAAAUCCAGAUCGGUUGAAGAAAUUCCAAGAGAGAUAUGCUAGCUUCGAUGAUCCAGUCAUCCCAAAGUUCCAUUAUGGCUCACAUUAUUCAAGUGCUGGAACUGUUCCUGAGCUGUUUUGCCUUCCUGUGAUGUUAACCAAUGAAAAUUCAAUUGACUUUGGAACAACACAAUUAGGAGGAAAGCUUGAUUCUGUCAAACUCCAACCAUGGGCUCAAGACCCAGUUGAUUUUAUUCACAAACAUUGGAUGGCUCUUGAGAGUGGGCAUGUAUCUGCACAUUUGCAUGAAUGGAUUGACCUCAUAUUUGGGUAUAAGCAACGAGGCAAAGAAGCUAUAUUGGCAAAUAACAUGUUCUUUUACAUUACAUAUGAAGGGACAGUUGAUAUUGAUAAGAUCUCUGAUCCAGUACAACAGCAUGCCACGCAAGACCAGAUUGCUUAUUUUGGACAAACUCCAUCCCAACUUCUUACUGUCCCUCACAUGAACAGGAUGCCACUUUCAGAGGUUCUUCAUUUGCAGACAAUCUUUCGGAACCCAAGAGAAGUCAAGCCAUAUGCUGUCCCAGGACCUGAACGCUGCAAUUUGCCUGCAGCUGCUAUUCAUGCGUCUUCAGAUGCUGUCAUAAUUGUUGACACAAAUGCGCCAGCAGCUCAUAUUGCGCAGCACAAGUGUUAGCCAAACACUCCCGAUGGUCAGGGAUCACCAUUUCUAUUUCAACUUGGAAAGGCAACGGCAAGUUUAACUGGUGGAGCACUUAUAAGAAUGUUCAAAGGGCCAAUGAGAUCAAAGAUGGAAUUAAGUUAAAAGCUAAUGAGAUCAAAGAUGGAAGUGAAGAUAAGCGUCAACACUCAGAUAGCGAGGAAGAAACUA